GCGCAAUAUAUGUAUUGAGCGGUGCCAAAUGUCUUUGACCUUCAACCUGGAUGAUCAUGUUCCCGAGCCUUCCACUUCUGUGGAAGAAUUGAACAAAGAAUUAACUAAAAUGCGUAAAGUAGUGCGAGCUGCUAAGGUGUAUGCAUUCCGAGAUUUGAUGCGGAACGUCAAAGAAUUACGAGAACAGAUGUCUCGUCUUGGAGGCUGCAAACGAUUAGGAAGCAAAAUAGAACACAGAAUUUCUGAUAUAAAGCUCCUGCACAACCUCUCGGUCGUCCGUUUAUGUAAAAAGUUAUUGGCAGACGAACAUGAUAAAAAGCACCUUCAGAAAGAUGGACAUAAUCUCACUCAAGAAGACCGUUUAGUUAUACGUCUCAAAUCAUCAAAACCUGUAUCAGCCUUCAUCAAAUCAUUUCGUGAAAAACAUGAGGACUGGAUUAGUUUGGUUCAUUAUUUGGUUUACAAAAAUGUGUCAGGUAAAUGGAAGUCAAGAGAGCAGAAACGUCGAAAUAGGAAAGUUCGUGGAUCCUUACCAUUGCCUCCUGUGCCUGUUAAGGAAACAGAAUUUAGUAUUCCGGAGGAUCAAAGCAACAACCUGUCAUCCUAUCGUAUUCACAACGUAUGUUCAGAAUCGGAAAGUUGCAUAAAAACACUGUCAGCCCAACAUACUCUUAGUGGUAAUAGCAUACUCAAUGAUACUAAUUCAGAUAUGCCAGAAAUAAUCACUCGGUUACUUGAACGAAGAGGUAUUAAAAAAAGCGAAGAUUCCAAUACCAUGGAUAAUCAUACGUGUAUGACAAAUGGAUCAAUGGAACAAACAGUAAAUAAACCAAAGAGAGUAAAACUUCCAUUAAAAUCUCCUGAUAUAAAGAUCGAAACUUCAUUCAAUUCCUGUCAUGGAAAUCCUGCAGAAAUACAACAAAUUGAUGAUUCAAUAUUUGAUGAUCCUCUUGGUAAUGAUGAUAAAGAUGUCAGAAAAUUAUGUAAGAAGAAAAAUUUUGUGAAACAACAACACGUGAAAAAUUAUCCUUCAAAACUAAAUUCACGUAAAUCUUAUAAAAAACAAAACUUUACUAAAUUUCCAUACAAAAUGAAACAAGAUAAUUUACAAAUGCCUAGUACAACAUCUAAUCUUACAGAACCUGUUAUAUCUGAAUUAUCUAAACCCGGUUUACAUCCAUCAUGGCAAGCUAAACGAUUAGAAAAAGCAAAAAUUAUGGGACUAUGUAAAAGUUCAACGAAAGAAGUAAAACGUAUUAUAUUUGAUGGGUAAAUGAUUAUUACAAAAACAAAACAACUCAAUUAUUGAUUUAAUAUUCAACUUAGAUUUACUGUAUACAGUUAAUUGAUAAUUCUGUACAUUUAAUAGUGAUAAUAAUGAUUUGUCCACUGAAUUAUUGCAUAUACACUCAGUGAAGAUUCCUA